AUGUGUCUAAAGCGUGGGAUUGAUCAUUGAUCUAUAGAUGGCUUAUAUAUAAGUGAGUUUGCACAGUCGAACACCACAUCAGUUCACUUUUCUACCCUCGAAAACAGGUAUGCCACUAUCACUCUGGUUACAACGGAUAAUACUAGGACGGAACCCAAUCUUGAUACGUUAUGGUCCGAUAGCGAUGUUGGCAGGCGUCUUUGCCUUGCUCGCUGGGACCUCUAUCUUUCUCACACAACUUUAUUUGAACAUAAACUUCUGGGCCCAAGUAAGCAUGGAUAAUACUACGUUGAACUUUUUCCAUAUCAGCGGAGUCCCCGGUCUGAUAUUACUCGCCGACAUGUUCUCAAUCGACCUGAAUGGACAGACAUUGUCUGUUCACUGGUCUCUUGUUGGCGCUUGCGGACGGCAGUUUACGGGCUCGUCAAACGAUGAUUGCAUUCAAAAUCAAUUUGUUAACAACAUCGCCCUGUAUCUGAACGAAAAUGCCACUGUAAAUUGGAACACGACGGCCCCGAUAGGCACUUUUGAUUCAUCACCAGUCCAAAAUCCUUUGCCAGUAACAUACAUACCCGGAAGAGGGCAAUUACCAGCACAAGAAUAUGCUACGGAUUUGCCUAUGGAUCCUUUUCUUCCGUAUACGUUGCAGAAGCAAGCAUCAACUCUUUACUAUCCAUUCGAUGAAUACUCUGCAUAUGUAUCGCUAUUAGCCAUUGAUACUGACAGCAAUACAUCACUGCCGAUAUCUGGCGUAAUUGGAUAUGGAACCAUAGUGAAUUGGAUCGGUCUCAGUGCUUUUUAUCCGACUGUAGUAGGGGACGAGACGUUGUAUGCAUUAGCCCUAAAUGCCAAGCGACAAGGAAUGAUAAAAACGUUCGCCCUCGUCCUGGUCAUCACAAACUGGGCUCUCUCUGUCACCAUUUUAUGGAUGACAAUCCUAGUGCUGUUCCGUACAAACGUUAAUGAUGGCCUUAUCUUGGCUUCAACAACAGUCCUGUUUGCCCUUCCACAGAUAAGGGCCAGUAUGCCAGAUUCUCCGCCAUUUGGCACUUUCAUCGAUAUAGCAGGUUACUUCAUGAAUGUCUGUCUCGUCAGCAUCUGCACUUCAAUUCUCCUCUUCUCGCAACUACAAUACCGUUAUCGGCCACCAAGGAAAACCUCAGUGCCACAUCAGGAAAACUACGCCUUACUUAACCUUGAGUCUUGAGACGCAGCCAAGUGCGAGUCAAGUCGAAGAUGGUUAAUAAUAAGAACACCACUCUCAAAUAAUUUUUUCUUGUGAUUUGUAUGAAGGGUUGCGCUGGACAAAUGGACAAAAUAUGACUCAGGCGAACACGCUGUAUAGGCAUCAGGUGUCCGGGAAAUGCUGUAUGAAGUGUGUGGACAGUAUUCACAACCUCUUUCGAAU